AUUUUUAUGACGAUCAUUCGAUAUCAGAAUUUCCCUUUUUGUAUAUACACGUGUCUCCUCUGGUCCUGUGGAGAUGAAAAUUGACAUCCAUACUCAUAUUCUACCAAAGGAAUGGCCCGAUCUAGAAAAGAGGUUUGGCUAUGGAGGCUGGGUGCAGCUCCAACAGCAAGGCAAGGGAGAAGCAAAGAUGAUAAAGGAUGGGAAAGUCUUCAGAGUGAUCCAACAGAACUGCUGGGACCCGGAAGUUCGUAUCAGAGAAAUGAACCAGAAAGGAGUGACAGUGCAAGCCCUUUCCACAGUUCCUGUCAUGUUUAGCUACUGGGCCAAACCUAAGGAUACUUUGGAACUGUGCAAGUUUUUAAACAAUGACCUAGCUGCCACCGUUGCCAGAUACCCUCGAAGGUUUGUGGGUUUGGGAACGUUGCCUAUGCAAGCCCCGGAGCUGGCCGUCGAGGAGAUGGAACGUUGUGUGAAGGAUUUAGGAUUUCCAGGAAUCCAGAUUGGUUCCCACAUCAACAUGUGGGACCUGAAUGACCCGGAACUCUUCCCAAUCUACACUGCGGCUGAGAGGCUGAACUGCUCUCUGUUUGUGCAUCCCUGGGAUAUGCAGAUGGACGGACGAAUGGCCAAGUACUGGCUGCCUUGGCUCGUAGGAAUGCCAUCGGAGACCACCAUGGCCAUUUGCUCCAUGAUCAUGGGCGGGGUGUUUGAGAAGUUUCCCAAACUCAAAGUGUGCUUUGCACACGGAGGUGGUGCUUUUCCCUUCACCAUAGGAAGAAUUGCCCAUGGAUUCAACAUGCGCCCAGAUCUCUGUGCCCAGGACAAUUCGUCUGACCCAAGAAAAUACCUUGGCUCCUUCUAUACAGACUCCCUGGUUCACGAUCCUCUGUCUCUCAAGCUAUUGACAGAUGUCAUAGGAAAGGAUAAAGUCAUUCUGGGAACCGAUUACCCCUUUCCACUAGGUGAACAGGAGCCUGGGAAGUUGAUAGAGUCUAUGGCAGAAUUUGAUGAAGAAAUAAAGGAUAAACUCACAGCUGGCAAUGCCUUGGCUUUUUUGGGUCUUGAGAGAAAACAAUUUGAAUGACAGAACUACCCCCCCCAAAAAAACCCAAAACUUCCAAGAAGCUACUUCAUUUCUGUCUUUGAACAUGAGCCACACACACAUCUAUUUUGAAUUAUGUUACCCCCAAAAUGGAAUAUCCCCCUCAGGAUGAAGUAAGAGGAUCAGGAAUUCAAGUUUCAGGCCAGUCUGGGCUACUUAAGACUGUCUAAAACAAGGGUGGGGGUAAUAUUUUCAAUAUUCUACCUUAUAACAAGAUGUUUCAUAAGGCCUUUAUUCUGAAAUGUAAUAUACUGAGAAGCAAUGCAUUACUACACAUGCAAACCAAAACCUUUUAAUUUGAAAGAGAUCAAAAAUUAGUGUAUAAUUAAAGAUUUAAUAGAAAAAACUACACCAGCUUUAUUCUAGAAGGCUCAGGGUCUCUAUUUUGACCAAAGAUAUGGGAAUUGUACCUAAGUAAUGUUUUUUCAGUUGCAAUCCUUUCUGCUAGUCUAGUUAUUCAAUGGGAACAUUUUUAUCUUUGUAAAGUAUACACAAGAUAUAUACAAGCUCAAAGGUCCUAAAAGCCAGAAAACAAGACAAAUGAUUAUGGGAUACUUGCUGACUGAUUCAACACAAAGCUCUAAGAUGCUUCAGUACAAAUUCAUUUUAGUCUCCCACAAUUGGGUAGAUCUUAGAACUUGACCUGAGUCUUGGAGGAUGGAUAAACACUUCUUUAAAAAAGAAAAAGAUGGUGGUCAGGCACCUUGGUACAUGCCUCUUUCGCUAGCACUCAGGAGGCAGAGGUAGACAACGGGUUUCUGUUUGAGGCCAGCUUGGUCUGCAUAGCAAUCUCUAGGCCAGACAGCCAAGGAUACUAGUGAGACCCUGCCUCAAAAAUAAAUAGGUAAGCCUGGAGAGAUGGCUCAUCAAUUAAGAGCACUGACUGCUCUUCCAGAGGUCCUGAGUUCAAUCCCCAACCAUCUGUAUUGGGAUCUUAUAUCCUCUUCUGGUGUCACUGAAGAAAGCAGCAGUGUACUCACAUACAUAAAAUAAAUACAUUUUUUUUUUCAAAAAAAAAAAAAAAAGUAAAUAAGUAAACAGAAAAUGGAAGACGGACCAGAAGAAAAGAAGUAUGAGAACACAGAUUUGACUUCAGACUGGAUGAAACUUGUUCUAAAGGGAAUUUCAUCUAUAAGUUUACCUUUACCAGAGUAGGAGGCAUAGGGUCAGCUCUGGGG